UUUUUAUACAAAAAUUCAACACAAUUUAUAUAAAAAAAGUGAAUUUAUAACGAUUAACUAAUAAUGAAAUAUUCUUUUUAUUACGAUAUAAUUAAUAAAAAUUAUAUGGGCUCGGUAAUAGCGGUUGUAGUGCGAUCUAUAUCAAAUUCUUUAAAAAUUUUAGUAUCAAUUUUUAUAUAUUUUAUAUAAAUCUACAUAUUAUCAUCACAUAAAUAUCGAUAAUCUAUAUCAUAAAUUAUUCAAAUAAUGACAUCACCAAUAUUCUUAUUAUGAUUGUAUAUAUGAAAUGAAUAGCAAAUAUGCUGGAAAUGGUUCUAGCCUUGAAGAUUGUCACACAAAUAUAUUUGCUUUAGCCGAUUUAAAUGGUUUAAAAUGGAAAAAAUACCUGUAUUCUAAAUCCCUGAGCCCCACAAACUCUUCUUUAUUUGGUUUAUCCCCAUCUUUCCACACGAUCGAUAAGAAUUUCAAUCAACCCAAUACAAUUAAUAAUGAAAAGAACUAUUCCACCAUAAGAUUAUCGCAAGAUCCCCUGCUGUCAUCUUACUGCAAGUGUUUGGAAUCUAGUGUUUUAUGUGUUUGGAGACUUAGACCUGGUGAUAGUCUAGAUUCAAAUUUCAUCGAUAGGCCCAAGGAGUUGUGGAUAUUUUGGCAUGGAGAUGAACCUGAUUUUUCUAUAUUAAUUCAUCGAGAUUUAAAAGAAUCUGAAUUUGGCAAUUGGGACAAUGGGUUGACUUAUGAAGGCAGAACUCUCUUGUUCAAGGCUUUUCAUAACAUAAUUGAAAGAUACCUGAUGAUGCGAGGAUUCUUAAGGUUGGGAAAAUGGUUUGUGGAACCUAAAAUAAAAGGCAACGAUUCAGACCUGCAUAGUGAAGAUGGGGAAUGUUAUAACUCACCAACCAACCAAUUGGCCUUUUCUUUGGCAUUCUUCCUUCACGGGGAAAGUGCUAUUUGUGCUAGUCUAAUCGUACAAAAAUUUCCUUCCAUAUACCGUCUUAUUCUGCCCGAGAAUUUGGGACAUACUCAACAUUACAAACCAUUAAAUGUAAUAAUGUGCCCUUACGGUCUCUCAGGCAUACUGACUGGAAAAUAUUUUAAAAGUUCGGACGCGGGAAUGGAAGAUUUGCUCGAGGAAUGGCAGAAAUUUUAUCCUAAUAUCCAAUCCGAUAAUAACUCCUCCCCAAAUGACAGUAAAUAUCCCCCCAGUCAAGGGAAAAAUUUAAAUACUGGAUCUUUUCAAGUGGCCGAAAUAAUGAUAGCGGACAAAUAUCUGACAUAUUAUCCUAUAUGGUACGUGUCUCUAGUUCAGGGCGACUGUAACGAUAUUAUCAAUCUGGACAGCGAUGAAUAUCUAACACCCAUCUAUACUAAACCUACGUUUGAUUCAGCCAAGGAUUUAAACAACACUAACAAUAAUUUAACCCCGCCUCCAUCUCCUGCUAAUAUAAUUAAUAAGGGAGAGUUUUUAAACAUCCCACUAUGUGCAGAAGAGGCCUUUAUAAGAUCGAACAAUAACUUUAGCGAAAUAAACUUUUUUUCUGGAUGUUUAGAUUGUCGCGAUCUUAAAUCUGGAUACCCAACCAGGCAUGAUAACACGGAAUGGACUUUUGUUAACGCUAGUACCUUUAAAAAAUGUCGUUGUCGAGAAGCUAUGCAAUUGAGAUCAGAUCACUAUCAUCCACCCUGUCACAAAGCGCGUUUUAACUUCCCCUUCGGAAAAGAGAUUACUCCGAGCAUCGAGAAAUUACAGUUUAAUGUGACGUCUCAUUUUCACAGGCGUGGAUGUGUGCCCUCUCUAUCUCAUACACCACAGUUUAAGCAUCGACAAAGGCCACGGAAAAGAGUUACAAUUAUAUCUCCGAAAGAUGAGAUUUACUCAUCUUCUACAAAUGUCAUAAGCAUUACUAAACAUGAAGUUGCAUCUGAACAUGAUCCGACUUUUACCCAUUGCGAUUCAAACUCCCAAUCAACAAUUCAACCCCUUCGCCCGACUCCUCCAUCUUCAUUCAUGUCUCAUCCACCAUCUGAAUUUUUAGAUAGGCAUCCCUCAAACCCUUGUCAUUUACCCUAUAAAACAGAAUCAACAUUGUCACUAACUUCAAACAAUCCAACUCAAAUUUUAGAUCCGGAUCAGUUGAAUUUCUCUCCGCUCUAUACGGAUACCUCAGUCUAUAAGAGAUGGAUGCGCGCUGGGUUGAAAAAUUUGAGAAACGAGAACUCUUCUUUUAAUUGUAAUGAUGGAUCUGCUAAACUAAAGAAUUCUAACAAUUUAUACGAAAACACUUUUUCGGACAGCAACAAGGAAUCCAUGGAAAAUUCUAAAUAUCAAAAAAUAAAAUUUUCAAGUGCCUUAUCUUUUGAUCCAUACGAAUUCAAUGAAGAAUUUAACAAUCAUAAUUCCAGACAAAAUUCAAAUAAUCCAUACAUUGAAGGAAAGAAUUGUCAAACACAACAAAAUCCGACCAGCGUCAACGGGUCAUACUUUCCUAAUUAUAGACCCCCUACUUCAUCGAAUCAAAUGCAUUUUGUAAUAUCAGAUUCUAAUAGCAACGAUAUGUAUCGAUUUACUAACACAAAUAUCGAACAAAAUGCUUAUAACGUUAGCAAUUUUGAUAAUCAAAAUAUAAACAAUUUCAAUAAAAAUCAACAAACAACCAUACCACCCAGCCAAAAUGCGAGUCAAAACAUUUUCAGCACUUUUGGCAUAGUCAACAAAUACCAAAAUACAGAUCCCAUUCAAUUGGAGAAAAUCGGAUCUCCUUCCUCAAACUCAAAUAUAUCAUCUUUGAGCAAAAUUUUGAAUUUACCUAUUGGUUCAAAUGUUGCUUCGCUCAAUACAUCUAACAUUUCUCUAAAUGGCAUUAUAACUUCCACAGAUUUAUCCCGAAUAUUUCCAACUCCACCCUCCCUCGAGAGCAAUACAUUAUAUUCACCUUGCGCCGCACCUUGUAACUUUCUUUUGCAAACCCCAAAUGCUACGUCCGGCUUUCAGGCUAUCCCCGAAAUAACUACUAGCAAUAACUACGACAAACCUUUUACCGAAACAUGUCAUCAAAACAAUAACGCUCCACUACUUAAUAAUUCCGCGAUUUCUUAUAACAAUAAUUAUUUAUCCGCUAAGAAUGACUCUUCCUCCAUCAUCGAAAAAAUCAUCGACGAAAAUCGACCUCUUAAUUCCAACAAUAGUUUCUCUUGUGGGAACACUACUAUAAUUAAAACGAACAAACCCAGUAGCUUGUUGUGGAUUAAACGGAGGAGAUACGAACGAGACAACUUCUUGGGACGUAAACUGAAAGCCUUGCGUCACCUUAUCGCUCAAUCUAAGGUUGUGGUAGAUGAAAUUGAAACGUUGGAUGUGCUAGUAGGCUUUUCUCCAUUUUCUAAAAUUUCCAAAGAAGCAUUGAUCUGUGACCAAAUGAUUCAAGAUAUGGUAGACGUCACUUGGACCAUGCACAAAUCUUUGCGUUCUAAAUCACCAUCCAAAACUAGACCACCUAGGCUCGAUUAUGAUAUAGUGCCAGCUACAAUUGCUCAAAAAAACGAGACCAUUAUUCCUACCACUCUACCAGUAAUUACCUUUAACUCUACCCUUCCCAUCGCCUCACAUUUCAAGAACGUCCACUCUCUCCUCUUUAGUCUUCAUUGCGCCUCCCUCCUCGAUACUCAUUCAGAUUCCAAUUUGCGUUCUUGCUCACUUUGCGCCUGCAAUGGAUCCAUAUGGGCUCGGCCCCAAUUGGAACGUGGUCCUACAGAUUUCCAACUUCUAGCUAACCAAUCUCAGGCCUUGUUGGACCGAUUAAGGUCGUUGGCGGACUCCAGUAAAAGGGCAGGGAAAGCUAUGGAAAGGCUUAAACGACUAGUAAAUAAAAUGGCUAUAGGAGAACAAGCCAAUUGUAACACGCCUCAUUAUGGGAAAAUUAUCAAUGGGGGAUUUAACAAUGAAAUAAAACCUUACCAAAACCACGCGCAUGACAAUAAAGAAAAUCUACGCCACAAAUGUAUAUGCGGUUUCGAUCCCGAUGUCAAUAGAUCCUCUUCUUUUGAAUCCGGCCUAUUCUUCGAAGAUGAGAUGUUAGUUAAUGGUGAACGGUCUAAUGAUUCAGGAAUCGUUCCGUUUAAAACGUACACUGCAUAUACGUCUUUCUUAAACAUAGUCUACUCCAUUAUCAGUAACAAAUUUACUGAAGAUGACCACAAUAUUUUUAAUGAUAUUCAAAGAUCUGAAAUCUGUUUGACUGAUCCGGAGACCGUUUGCAUGGUUCAAUCUUUAGUCGCCAGCGACCCUUAUGGCUCAACUGUUUUGUCUCGCUACUCCCCACUUAAUUUUGAUAUUACGCAUAUGACUAAUCAACCAUCAGCCCUGCGUUGCCCGCAUAAUAUUCGCUCCAUGUUGGAUACUAGCCAGUUGUUCGAAUUCGUGCUUUCCCACUCAAUCCAAUCGGGAGAAGUGGACUCCAAUCUUUUCGACGAAGGAAAAAACGUCAAAUUCACUAAAAGGGGAACCAUUUUUUCGCCGUAUUUAUUGUUCACAGCUCAUUUCUGGCCUUUUUUAUAUGAUUCGGCACCACCCGCAAAUCGUGAAUGCGUAAAUGCGGCCAAUUACCUCAGAGCCGCUUUACGCGAUUGCGUCGAGCGACGUCCCGAGACAGUUUGCAGUAUCCCUGGGUCGGCUUCUCGCUUCAAAUCCUCCCAUCUCCUUUUUGAACAGGCCCGUCAGGUGUCCGGACCGCUCACUUGGCAACAUUUUCACAAACUAGCUGGCAGAGGAAGAGUCGAAAGGUGCGAGCCCCAGCCAAUUCCUCCUAUUGUUGUUGGUUAUGAACAUGAAAGAAGUUUAGUAUCACCAUUAGCAAUCAAUUUUUGGGAAUUUUGCAAUUUCGAACCGUUUAGCUUGCCCAAAGAAGUCAACUUUAUAGUCGUUGUACCCGACAAUGCAACCUUAUGCCAGAUAACUAAACGAUUUUUUGAAAAUCUCAGUUGUUCAUUUGAACUGUGCAAAAUGGGUAAACACACUCCCCUGACGCCAUUUAAUAAAUCCAAAGACGAUUAUUUUUUAAGAGUUGGUCAAAAUUUUCAACUUAAAACGGCAUCUAUGCGUGAUAUGUCUUAUCUUUCACUAUUUCCUGAUUGGAUCAAUUCUUUAGGGAGUCAAGAUGUUAUGGAAAAAAUUCGAUGUUAUUACAUUGCUUUUAAAUAUCAACUGGCUACCUAUCUCCACAAUAAUCAAAGAUCAUCUUUUAUAGAAGAAGGUAAAGCAGUUAUACAUCAAUUAUUAGGGGGCUCUACGAAUCAAGAAGCCUCACUGUCCAUAAAAGUCGCUGCCCGGCACUUUUUUGAAUCUUUUGCUAGCCGCUCUCUCGUUGUAUAUGCCAUUGAUCCUUAUUCCUUUUUCAAAAAUUCCCAUCGAUCACCGGCAGUCAAUAUUUCCGGUCAUAGUAUAGCGCGUUGUUUUUAUCAAGCUUUAGAUUCGUUACCCGGUUCCUAUAGGGAUAGAAUAACCUUUAAGAUUAUUCCUAUUCAAUCCAUGCUCGAUGCGUUAAGUUGUGAUCGUUCUAUAUUUCGAACCUUUUCUCUUUCCAUAUACGCUAGCAUCCGAUAUUGUCAGCCAGUCAUUCAAGGCCCCACCAAAACCUAUACUGGUUUCGGACCUAGCGUUCACAAAAAUUGCGUAUUGGAAAAAAAUAAAGCUACAAAUUACUACAAUAACGCCGACGACUCUACUAGGCUUGUAAAAUUUUACGCCCCGCCUUUCAUCCUAUCCCCCAAAAAUGCAUUUUUAAAUCCCGCCCUUGCCCCCAUAAAUAAAGGCAAUUUCGCUAGUUUCAAUGACAUGUCCUCUUCCAAAAACAUUCCCACCCCGGAAAAUUAUUCCACACAGCACGCAAUUUCUUCGGUACUUUAUUGCGGAUAUUGUUUAUCUUCAGACCAAAGAUGGUUGUUGGCCACUUUUACCGAUGAAACAGGUUCCAUGCUCGAGAGUUGUAUGGUUAAUAUAGACGUGGCAAACAGAUAUCGUAAAAAAGAGAUGUCUCUGCAAAAAGCUGCUUUAGAAAAACUUUUAAAUUUUGCCGUUUAUAAAAUUAUAUGUCGGACCAACCAUUCUUGGAGAAUCAUUAUUGGGCGUGUUGGUCGUUUGGGCCACGGAGAAUUGAAAGUUUGGUGCGAUUUGCUCAGUAAACGACAUAUUAAACAAAUCAAUUACAAUUUGACUCAAUCCUGCAAACCCUGCCAUUUGAAGAACAAACAAGUGGCUCCUUGCGCUAUUCUCAGCGCAUGUCUGGUGUCCAUUCAACCUAACAAUAAUCUGAGAGUUUUUCCGGAUUCAGUUGCUCCCGAGCUGGAUAGAAUGGGUACAAGCAAGUACAGUCCCUUGACAACGCCGAAAGACAUCUCCACCACUCAUAUCCUUGUUUUCCCUAUCUCGGCCCAUUCACAGUCUACUAUGAAGAUGGGCUUAGAAGAAGACUAUUUAUAUGGCUUGUCUCAUCCCACCGAUGCACAUUAUGAAUCCUCAACUCGUCAAAAUCAGCAGAAACACAAUUUCAAGGAAGCGAACGGGUUCGAUACAUCCAGAACCAACUCUAACUUAUCUUCCUUCACAUCUCCUCCCAUUGCAAACCCUGAUAUAAAUAUUACAAAUCAAUUUACGAAUGCAAACACAAACCAUAAUUCUACGGCAUUUUUUAAUGGCGAUAGACACAUUAACAUGAAUGCUUGUAGUAAUGAAACUCAUUUUGGUUCGAAUAAUAUGUAUCAGCAGAAUACCAUGAUCAAUAAUCUAAAUGAUAAUGAUAUCGCGAAUAAUAAUUUACAGAUCCCUGGUGGCCAGAUUGGUGGUUUUGAAUACAAUUAUAACGUCAAUCCUGACUCUUCCAACUUUCAGCGACGAUCUAACGAUCUUAAUAACGGUAAGCAACUAUUAGGAGUGGGGGUCGAAGAGGAAGAAGAGGAUCUUGACGAAGAUCUAUUGCUUCUUAAAGCCUUCAACGAUCUCCCGAUCGACCAAUUUCUUAUGAUGGACGUUGAUGAUGUCAUAGCUAUGCAAGACGUCGAGGAUACAGUGCCCAUGCCUUGUAGACACAGCGGACAAAUCAAUAAAGCGGCGAACAAUGUAACGCCAGUUUCCAUGUUACACCCUCAUCCUUGCUCCUCAGCAGCGACUGGCAAUAUCGGCACCCGCCCUCCAGUGCCCGAUGAGCCUCAGGACUCGUUGUUCAUGAUGAUGACAUCAUGCCUCUUGCAGCAACAACCCCUGGCCUUAGGCUACUACGUCUCCACCUCUCCAGUCUAUCAUUUUCUACCUCGCUGGUUCGCCUCUGGCCUAGAUCCUUGGCCCGUCACCCGCGUCUCUUUCCUCAAUUCUUCACUUCACAUCAACAGUGCUUCCGUCAUGAAAGAUUCAGAAGAAGUUGAUUAUAACAGGGGAACCAAUUUUAGCAGUCUAAAUUUCAAUACUAAUAGUUCAAGUUCUGAUAAUCACUCUUUGGAUUCUGGACAAACAACCGAUAUUUUGAGAUUCGUGCUAGAAGGUUACAAUAGAUUGUCUUGGUUAGUCGUAGACCCUUAUACGAGGGACAGGACUUCUUGUUUACCUAUUCACAUACAAAUACUGCUAAAUAUAUAUCAUUUAUUGGCAACAUUUAAAAGCUAAUCAAAAGAAUAUCCCUUAUAGAUCAUUUGUUUAUUUUGGUGUUCGAAGCAAGUUUAGUAUAUAUUUUUUUAAAUAAAAAGAACAAUGCAAAAAAAUUUAAAAAAACAACAAAAUUACAAUUUUUAAUUAGAAUUAGGACAACACUUAGAAAUUAUAUAAAAAAUUUCAGGUCUGGGUUACUUUUCAAAUCAAUUUAAUGGUACUUUUCAGAUAACCUAUAUAUAUCAAUUUUAUUAAAAUUUGUGUUUGAUUUUUAAUUUAAUAUUAAAUUAAAAUAUUAAUUAUGCAUAUCCCAUCCUAUAUAGAAUUUUGAUAUCCGUUUUAUUAUUUAUUUAUUUAUUGUAUUUAAAUUCAAUUCACACAAAAACCAACAAUAAAUA